AUGGGCCUCUAUUUUGUGGUGAGUACUGUAAGAUCUUGACAAUUAACUGUUUUUCAAAUAAUUUAAUGUUCUGAUGCUUAGCCGGAAGAUCAAUUAAUUGUCUCCAAGGCGGCCCCUACGGCGUCUUACCUCUCGGUUAAUGUGAACGGGAAUAUUGCUCAUGGUUACUCAUCAAUCGAGCCAAUUAUUAGACAGAUAACACCCAAAGAGGUAUAGUCAUCAAAGAAGUCUGUAUGUGUUAUAGGUCUUAAAACGAAGGCAUUUUUUUGAAGACGUGGACUGUGUCGUUUCCGAUGGGAAUAUUAAUCAGGACACCUUUAGAGAAGUCUGUUCAAUCUCUCAUGAGUUCCAGAAGAAAGGUGGAUGAUGAUGUCAUCUAUAACAUAAAUUUUAGUGUGGUUUGAUCCAACCGACAUUUCAAAAGUGGAUAGACUCGAUAAAGAUAUUUUGAAUCAACUUUGGGGAUUUUCUCCAAAUAAAAAUGAAUUUAAGAGAUACUGUGACAUCUUCAAUAUUCCUCAAAUUGACGGUAUGAACUUUUUGCAAAUACCAUUUUUAUAGAAUCUGCAUUUUCCAAAUCCGAGUACCUUGCCGAUUAUUUUGCUCAGAGGAUUUCAUUAACAAAGGGACUUUUCCCCGGGAAUAUCCACAAAUUUUUGAUUACACUUGGAGAAGCCGGUGUUGUCUUAUUUUCCAGGUCAGAAGUGAAUCCAGACGUAAUUGAGAUUCGAUCGAAGGAAUGUCCACAGUUUGAAAAGUUUAUUUCUGCCUCAGGAGCUGGGGAUAGGUAAGCAGAAGUAGUAUAUUUACUGACCUUUUUUUAGCUUUAACUCUGGAUUCAUUACUUCAUAUCUUCGUGGAAAUGAUGAUGAUAUUAGUCUUCAAUGGGGUCAACGGACAGCUGCAUCGAGUCUACAGUCUCUGGAGACUGUCCCUGACACAAUCUCCUUGGACGUAAGCUGACUGUGGGUGACAUAAUUUUGACCUUUUUUUAGGCUAUACGAGGUGUAAAAGAAGCCAAAGUCACUGCUUGA